AUGUCCAUUGACUAUGGUACUGAUUGGUUCAAGGUUGGUCUUGUCAAACCAGGCAUUCCCUUUGAUAUCGUCCUCAACGCAGAGUCAAAGCGAAAGACUCAAUCUGCCAUGACUAUUCGUGGUAACAAUCGCGCCUUUGGAUCGGAGGCAAUUAGUUUGGCUACUCGAUUCCCUCAAGAUUCAUUCAUCGGUCUUAAGAGAAUCUUGGGUCGCGAUUAUGAUGAUAGUUAUUGCGCUGAGUUCCGUAACACAUUUACCAAUAAAAUGCUCAAGGAUGAGGUCCGUGGCACUGCAGUGUUCGAAACGACGGCCGGUAAUAAGUAUUCAGUUGAGGAACUGGUGGCCAUGCAACUGGCUCUUGCUAAACAGCAAGCUGAAGAGACCGCUGGAGAGACCAUCAAGGAUGUGGUCCUCUCAAUUCCUCCUUACUUUAGUCAGUUUGAGCGUCAGGCAUUGCUCGAUGCCGCCGAAUUAGCAGGAUUGCAUGUCCUGUCUCUAAUCCACGAUGAAUCUGCUGUUGCGCUCAACUACGCCAUGACUAGAUCAUUCCCUCAGGAGCAAUGUCACAUCUUUUACGACAUGGGUGCUGGAAGCACCGUUGCUAGUGUGGCUUGUUUCCAGGACUUGUCCGUGAAGGAUGUUGGUAAAUUUAACAAAACUGUUCAACAAGUCGAGAUCAAGGCUGUGGGUUAUGAUCGCACUUUGGGAGGACAUGAUGUUGACGUCCGUCUUCAAAAAUUCCUUGCUGAAAAGUUCCAGGAGCAGUCUGGCUCCAAAAUCAGUGUACCUGUUGUUCAAAAUGAACGUGCGAUGGCCAAGCUCCUCAAGGAAGCUAACAGAGUGAAGCAGAUCCUCAGUGCUAACACAGAGACAAUGGCAUCAGUGGAAAAUUUGACUGAUGAGAUAGAUUUCAGAAUUAAAGUGACCCGUGCUGAAUUGGAGGAGAUUUCCAAGGAUCUUUUUAUACGUGUCAGGGGGCCCAUUGAUGCUGCAUUAGCAGAAAGUAACAUGAAGCUAGCGGACAUUCAAUCGCUUGUUUUGGUGGGUGGCGGUGUACGCGUGCCUGCUGUUCAGGCGAAUCUGGCUGCUGUUGUGGGCGAAGAGAAGAUUGCCAAGAAUGUCAAUGGAGAUGAAGCUGCAGUCAUGGGCGCAGUGUUCCGAGCUGCCAGCUUGAGUAGGCAGUUUAAGGUGAAGGAAGUCCGCCUCAAGGAUGUUUCUCUCCUCCCUAUUGAGGUCAAAUAUACCGGCGAAGCCAAGGAUGCUGCCACUCCUGGAAAGCUUUUUUUGACACCGAUCUUCAACAAAAAUUCUGUUUUGGGUACCCGAAAGACCAUGAGCUUUAAGCGCGUCACAGACUUCAGCUUCGAUUUGGAAUACGGUCAGGUGUCGAAUGAGCAUGAAGCAGAGCUUACGAGCAAACAGAUUGCACAUGUCUCCCUGUCGGGGUUGACGGAAGCCAUCAACAAAUUCAAGGAUGUAAGUGUGACUACUCCUACUGUUAAGGUGACCAUUGAGCUCUCUGACUCUGGUUUGUUAGGUGUUGGAGAGGCAGUCGCUAGCAUUGAGACAGACAAUUCCAAGAAGGCAUCUCUUGCAGACAAAGUCAAGUCUUUCUUUGGCGGAAGUGACAAGAAUGGAGAUGUUAAAGAUGCUGAGCCCAAGGACAAUGGGGACGAACAAGAGGGCAAGGAUGAUCAAGAACAAGGUGAUGGUAAAGAUACUUCUGACAAGAACGAAGACAAGACAGAGAGUAACAACAACAGCAGCACCGAUCCAUCAGCUAAGAAUGAGACUGUUGUGACCACUCAGAUUGAGAAGGUUGUAUUAAAAGUGCAGACAGAGUAUAGGGGCAUUGCACCUCUUAGUGAUUCUGAGAUGAAAGAGUCCUUGAACAAGAUUCAGAAGCUGGAUGCGUUGGAUGCAGCGAAGCGUGCACGUGAGGAAGCCAGGAAUGCACUCGAAUCGUUCUUAUAUCGUGGCCGAGAACUAUUGUAUAAGGACGAGAUCAUUGAGGUAUCAACGGAGGAACAACGGAAAGAACUGUCUGACAUGUUGUCGACUGUGUCAGAAUGGCUGGAUGAUAAUGAGGAUGCGGAGACAAACGAGUUCCAGACGCGUUUGAAGGAACUUCGCAAGAUUGAGCGACCUCUGUCAGUCCGUGCUGCUGAGCAUGUCUCGAGACCAAAGGCAUUUGCAUCGCUUACUUCGUCUGUGACGAUGGCACGUACAGUGGGUGAGCAAUUGUUGUCUGGCGAAGGUGCUUUCCAUGAUCCUGCUGAUGUGCAAAAACUAUUUGAUGCUUGCGAUGAUGUAUUGGCAUGGAUCAAGAAGAAGGAGGCUGAGCAGGCAGCGCUUCCUCUCUGGCAAGAUGGUGUGGUGACGACACGCGAGAUCCAAUUGCGUGGAAGUGUUGUGGAGCGGGAAAUGCACCGGUUGAUGACCAUGAAGAGGCCUAAAGUUGUCAAGAAGAAGGAGGAUGAAAAAGUCAACACGACCGAGUCGGAGGAUGAAAAGAAUAACCAAUCUUCCAAGGCUGAAGAGGGCGUCAAGGAGAAUGAGACGAGGCCUCUGGAGGAAAAAGAUUUAGAGGGUAAUCAGGAAGACCAGGGUGAGAAGGAGCAGGAAAAGUCAGAGGAGCCCAUUGAUUCUGUGAAGCACCCAAAGGAUGAGCUGUAA